AUGUUUGCAGCAAAUGAUUCUGAAACCGAGAUUUACUAUGCCUCAGAAAUGCUACCUGAUCUCGACAGCGAGUUAGAGGAAAACAACAUGCAGGAAGAUUUAGAGGCGAAUAGUGAUGCCGAAGAUCUAUCCAUUGGUCGUCAUUAUGCCGACUUUAAUACUACAAGUAUGGAUUUGGACAGAGAGUAUACUUCCGAAGACGAAGAACGACGUCCCCGUGUUUCAUCGACAUACGGGAUCUUUCAACGUCUCGGAGUUCCAUACACUUCUCGCCAUCACCGUAGAUCGUCGUCACAGCGCAUCCGUAGCUUUUCUCCGUUAAGGUCGCGGGUGUCCUUGCGAAGGUCAAAUGCCAUCACAGCUUCUUAUCUCUCACAACGUGUAAAAUAUAACAGCGAACUGGGUUCGAAAACCAUAGAUGAAGUUGGCUCAAAGGAAUUAGGACAAUUUCAUUUACCCGAGUCUAGUUUUUUGCGUGCUGGAAUGUCCUUUUCGGGAACGCAAAAUUUGAUGAACACACAACCAACACAGGGCAAUGAGGAAUGGGAAGUCAAAGUGACCUUUCAUUACGUGAAUUAUAAAACUGGUACGGUCAUUGGGUUAAUGGAAGCUUUGAAUGUGCCAUCUAGUUCGAAUACAGUAGUUACAUAUUGGGAGGGUGAAAUGAUCGAUUUUGUUAACCAUUCACUUUGGACGGAUAAAUGGAAUUCCACUCUAAAAAUCGAUCUUGAACAUUGGAAAAAGUUUGAUGCUUUUCGUCACAUGGAUGUUCGAAGGUAA